GAACCCCUACUGCAGCAAAAUGAGAACCAGUUCUUUUGUUCAGAAGAAAGAAAAACUGGGAAAUAAUGAAACACUAGUCUUCGAUUUUGAGGGCACUCUGUUACAAUCAACUUCCUUGUUCCCUUACUUCAUGUUAGCUGCUUUUGAAGCUGGUGGGAUACUAAGAUCUGUUAUCCUUUUUCUUUCAUACCCCUUGGUCUGGCUGCUGGGUGAAGACCAACUUGGCUUAAACAUCAUGGUUUUCUUGUGCUUUUUUGGCAUCAGAAAGGACACAUUCAGAACAGGAUCAGCUGUUCUGCCAAAGUUCUUCUUAGAAGACAUUAGAGGGGAAGGCUUUGAAGCUCUAAUGUGUUAUGAGAGAAAAGUGGCAACUACUCAGUUGCCUAGGAUCAUGGUCGAAAAUUUCCUGAAAGACUAUUUCGGUGUUGAGGCAGUCAUGGCAAAAGAGUUGAAGUCCUUGAGGGGUUUCUUUAUGGGAGUGUAUGAGAAGAAAAAUCCAAAUAAAGUCCCUUCAUGUAUAGUUAAUGGAGGGACAACAGGGACAAACAUCAACAACAGUGCUGGUAUGGUAGACAGAAACCAUGUUGAGUUUAUUGACCAGGGGCAACUUAACCAAGAAUCCAAGGAGGAUUGCCUUGCUGAUGAGAAGAGAAACUGUCAUGUUCUUUCGAGAGAAAAGUAUCCGAAGCCAUUGAUCUUCCAUGAUGGAAGAUUGGCUUUCAUGCCUACCCUUGCAUCUUCUCUGGUGUUGUUCAUUUGGUUACCCUUCGGACUAUUUCUUUGCCUAGUCAGAUUUACAAUAGGCAUAGCAUUGCCCCUGAAUUUGUCAGCUCCAAUAUUGGCCUUCACAGGAACAAGAACCACGUUUUCAAGACCCCAAAGCACAGGGUCUUUGGUCCACAGUGAAGAAAAGGAAAAGGGUAUGCUCUAUGUGUGCAAUCACAGAACCCUGCUUGACCCACUUUACGUUUCAAUUGUUCUAGGUAAACCACUUUCUACAGUCACAUAUAGCCUAAGUAGAUUAAGUGAAACAGUAUCUCCUAUCAAAACUAUAAGGCUAACAAGAGACAGAGAGAAAGACAGAGAAAAAAUGGAAAAAUUGCUGAGCCUAGGAAACCUUGUGGUGUGUCCUGAGAGAACAACUUGCAGGGAACCUUAUCUGUUAAGGUUUAGCCCUUUGUUUGCUGAGAUUACAGCUAACAUCAUUCCUGUGGCUAUUGAUGUUAAGGUUAGCAUGUUUUAUGGAACAACAGCAAGCGGGUAUAAAUGUUUAGACCCCUUUUUCCACUUCUUGAAUCCAAGUCCUACAUAUACCAUAAAAUUUCUGGGGUUAUUACCACAAUCACAAACAUGUCAAGGUGGUGGAAAAUCAAAGAUUGAAGUGGCCAAUUUUGUGCAAAAGGAGAUAUGCAAAGCUUUGGGGUUUGCAUGCACCAACCUGACCAGGAAAGACAAGUAUUUGGUCUUGGCAGGUAACGAAGGCAAUAGCGCACGCAAUAAUUGCCACCGCUAGCAAGAUUCUAAAUUUCAAAUUCUUUAUUGAGUUUUGAGUGCUGUUCAUUUGCUCUAUCUUUAAAAUAUAUUAAUUUUUUAUAUUAAUAAAAGUUUAAAUAUGUUUUAAAAUCUUAAAAUCGGUAUAUUUUUGACGACACAAAAAAA